AGUGUGGUGCCUUUGAGCCUGCGAUGUUUCCGGGUUGCGUUGGUAGGGUUGAAUGAUGGAGGCGCUGCAUAAACUGAAGCAGUUUGACGCUUAUCCUAAAACCCUCGAGGAUUUCAGGAUUAAAACAUGCGGCGGAGCAACAGUUACCAUCAUCAGCGGGCUGAUCAUGUUGAUCCUGUUCUUCUCCGAGCUCCAGUACUACCUGACCAAGGAGGUGCAUCCAGAGUUGUAUGUGGACACGACGCGAGGAGACAAACUGAAAAUCAACGUUGACGUGAUCUUCCCCCACAUGCCCUGUGCCUACCUGAGCAUCGACGCCAUGGACGUCGCGGGCGAGCAGCAGCUGGACGUGGAGCACAACCUGUUCAAGCAGCGGCUGGACAAGGAGGGCCGACCAGUCACCCCGGAGGCGGAGAGGCACGAACUCGGAAAGGAGGAGGGGGGGGCGUUUGACCCCAGCAAGCUGGACCCCGAUCGCUGCGAGAGCUGUUACGGAGCCGAGACUGAAGACCUGAAGUGCUGUAACAGCUGCGACGAUGUGCGGGAGGCCUACAGGAGGAGGGGCUGGGCGUUUAAGAACCCCGACACGAUCGAGCAGUGCAAGAGGGAGGGCUUCAGCCAGAAGAUGCAGGAGCAGAAGAAUGAGGGCUGCCAGGUGUACGGUUUCCUGGAAGUCAACAAGGUGGCCGGCAACUUUCACUUCGCUCCUGGCAAGAGUUUCCAGCAGUCCCACGUGCACGUGCACGCUGUGGAAAUUCAUGACCUACAGAGCUUCGGACUUGACAAUAUAAACAUGACUCACCACAUCAAGCACCUCUCCUUUGGAAAGGACUACCCUGGCCUCGUGAACCCCCUGGACGGGACCGAUGUUGAAGCCCCACAAGCGUCUAUGAUGUACCAGUACUUCGUGAAGAUCGUCCCCACUAUCUAUGUGAAAGGAGAUGGUGAGGUGGUGAAGACGAACCAGUUCUCGGUGACGCGGCACGAGAAGGUGGCCAACGGGCUGAUCGGUGACCAGGGCCUCCCGGGCGUGUUCGUGCUGUACGAGCUCUCGCCCAUGAUGGUGAAGUUCACGGAGAAGCAGAGGUCCUUCACUCACUUCCUGACGGGGGUCUGUGCCAUCAUCGGGGGAGUCUUCACAGUGGCCGGGCUGAUCGACUCGUUGAUAUACCACUCGGCACGGGCCAUCCAGAAGAAGGUCGAGCUGGGGAAGGCCUCCUAGCUUCCCCCCCGGGGUUCAGCGGGCCGUGAGUGAAAGGGGGUACAGCACUCGCACCCGCUACCCUGACCCCACCUGAGCGCGGGGGACGGACUACACACUCAUCCCUACCACUACCACUGUCCCCUCUCGCCCUCCCUCGCUGGCGCCCCCCUCUGCAGAGCAGGAGCCAGGGCCGCGGGUUCAGGGCAGACCCCUUGUAUGAACCUUGAGGCGAGACUGACGUCUGUGUCUGAGUUGUCCAAACCGGUAAAAGAUAGGAAGAAUGGCGGAUCGUGUUCAUUCUUCGGACUGACCUGGACAUGAGAAAUCUGCUGUGCGACACGUUUUUCUUUUGUUUAAUUUGCUCGUAACUUGACUGUUUGUGCUAUUGUUUCUGUAUGGUUUUCGGGUAACGGGGAAUGAGCUGAGUACCUCCGGGCGGAGCAAGCCUGUCUUUUUUUUCAUGCUUUCAUUCUGUUUUGAAUGGAAAGAAAGCUGCUGCUGCCCUGUGUGUGGGAAGGAGCAGGGAUGCUGCUGGGUCAGCCAGCUGAUUCUAGAUGGACGUGAGUCUUUCCCUCUGUGUGCUGGCUGGGUGUUUGGGAACUGAGGGGAUUGCCUCGAAUUCCCAGGGUUUUUUUUGUGCGGAGAUGGAGCGUCUCUCCAUGAAUCCUCCCCCCCCCCCAGGGGCGUGCACCGUGAACACUAUCCUUUUCAGGUUUUUAUUCCCAGAAUCCUCUGUGUUCAGAGUUUAAACCUCACCACCUCAGGUCUGGACUUUACUGCGGUAAGAUCAGCAAGGUGGAUUUGACAAUUGUGCCAUUUGUCCACAGAGCUGUAUUUAUUUGCUUUCCGGUCAUUUCCUCCAGUUUCCAUUUUCCUGUGUCUCACACCUCAGUAAUCUUUCCCCAGGCCGUAGAGCCGUGAACUUCAGUGAAGGCGCUCAGAGCCUGCUGGAGGUGGGUAGGGCUGUGUUUCUCAAGGCAUGGUCAGCUAGGAAGAGACAGAACUGGGUCAGUAAAUUGAUUAACAAGCAGCAGCCCAGUGAAGAAUGAUAUGGAGACAUCUCGAAAAAGUCCAGGGUAAUGAAACAUGCACAUUAAGAGCACCUGGAGCUCUGUACUGGAGUGAAGGAGCUUUCAGCCGUGAGUGAGGUGUAGGAAAGGUGGCUCAGGGCUGGCACUGCAUGGGGGGGACCACCCCUCUCCAAACAGCGGAGAGGCUCUGUGAAGCUGUGUCCCGUGAUCCUGCCUCGCCAGCCCUGAGCCUGGUCCUGUGUCGGCUGGGUGCUGGAGGGCGCGCAAGAGAUGUAUUUAUUUUUUCAACCAUUAACAAUGUGUUUUCUCAAAUAAUAAAAAAAAAAAUCUAAAGAUGUGUUUUUUCUAUUAUUUCCAGUCCUCAAAGAAAUACAGAGUACCUACUCACUAGAGAUGUGUUUUACAAUUCAUAUUCUUAAUCAAGGAGCUGUUUUAAAAACAUGUGUUUCACUGUUAGAGCCACACACUGCAGCUGUGGGGGUGAGGAGGCCUGGAUCAGGACAGGUCAGCACGGACUGAGGAGAGCGCAGGAUCCGAGAGCACGCUUUCCUCCGAGUCUAAACACUCAAGACCCACAGGAUCGCGUGACUUCAAAAAGAAAUACAAGAUUACCCUUCAUCUUUUAUCUUGCUGAGUUACCUUGAGCUGCAGCGAGGAUAAACCCAAUCAGAGCAGGGGCAUGCUGGUUUCAGAGGCUUGUUCACAGAGCCUUCAAAUCCAGACUCAAAACCCUCUUCUUCAGAAAAGUCUUUACUGAACUGGUUCCAUUCUUCACCCCU